AUGGAAGUGAAAAUCCGACGCAUGGGUGGGAAUAUGCGACGCAUGGAUGAGAAUAUGCGACGCAUGGAUGAGAAUAUGCGACGCAUGGAUGAGAAUAUUCGACGCAUGGAAGACCUCGAGAUUGUAAUUCAUCUGGAGAAAGAAAGCUUUAACAACUUCCAACAAAAGAUGGCACACAAGCCUCCAUUUGGUGGUCCUGGUGAUGACGGUAUCCAUCAGGGUGGUCCUGGUGAUGACUAUAUCCAUCAGGGUGGUCCUGGUGAUGACGGUAUCCAUCAGGAUGGUCCUGGUGAUGAUUAUAUCCAUCAGGAUGGUCCUGGUGAUGACGGUAUCCAUCAGGAUGGUCCUGGUGAUGAUUAUAUCCAUCAGGAUGGUCCUGGUGAUGAUUAUAUCCAUCAGGAUGGUCCUGGUGAUGACGGUAUCCAUCAGGAUGGUCCUGGUGAUGACGGUAUCCAUCAGGAUGGUCCUGGUGAUGACGGUAUCCAUCAGGAUGGUCCUGGUGAUGAUUAUAUCCAUCAGGAUGGUCCUGGUGAUGACGGUAUCCAUCAGGAUGGUCCUGGUGAUGACGGUAUCCAUCAGGAUGGUCCUGGUGAUGACGGUAUCCAUCAGGAUGGUCCUGGUGAUGAUUAUAUCCAUCAGGAUGGUCCUGGUGAUGACGGUAUCCAUCAGGAUGGUCCUGGUGAUGACGGUAUCCAUCAGGAUGGUCCUGGUGAUGACGGUAUCCAUCAGGAUGGUCCUGGUGAUGACGGUAUCCAUCAGGAUGGUCCUGGUGAUGAUGGUAUUCAUCAGGAUGGUCCUGGUGAUGAUGGUAUCCAUCAGAAUGGUCCUGGUGAUGAUGGUAUCCAUCAGGGUGGUCCUGGUGAUGACGGUAUCCAUCAGGGUGGUCCUGGUGAUGAUGGUAUUCAUCAGGAUGGUCCUGGUGAUGAUGGUAUUCAUCAGGAUGGUCCUGGUGAUGAUGGUAUUCAUCAGGAUGGUCCUGGUGAUGACGGUAUUCAUCAGGAUGGUCCUGGUGAUGAUUAUAUCCAUCAGGAUGGUCCUGGUGAUGACGGUAUCCAUCAGGAUGGUCCUGGUGAUGACGGUAUCCAUCAGGGUGGUCCUGGUGAUGACGGUAUCCAUCAGGAUGGUCCUGGUGAUGACGGUAUCCAUCAGGAUGGUCCUGGUGAUGACGGUAUCCAUCAGGAUGGUCCUGGUGAUGACGGUAUCCAUCAGGAUGGUCCUGGUGAUGACGGUAUCCAUCAGGAUGGUCCUGGUGAUGACGGUAUCCAUCAGGAUGGUCCUGGUGAUGACGGUAUCCAUCAGGAUGGUCCUGGUGAUGACGGUAUCCAUCAGGAUGGUCCUGGUGAUGACGGUAUCCAUCAGGAUGGUCCUGGUGAUGACGGUAUCCAUCAGGAUGGUCCUGGUGAUGACGGUAUCCAUCAGGAUGGUCCUGGUGAUGACGGUAUCCAUCAGGAUGGUCCUGGUGAUGACGGUAUUCAUCAGGAUGGUCCUGGUGAUGACGGUAUCCAUCAGGGUGGUCCUGGUGAUGACGGUAUCCAUCAGGAUGGUCCUGGUGAUGAUGGUAUCCAUCAGAGGAUGGUUCUGGUGAUGACGGUAUCCAUCAAGGUGGUCCUGGUGAUGAUGGUAUCCAUCAGGGUGGUCCUGGUGAUGACGGUAUCCAUCAAGGUGGUCCUGGUGAUGAUGGUAUCCAUCAGGGUGGUCCUGGUGAUGAAGCUAUUGACCAGGGUUGUCAAUGUGAGGAAAAUAUUGACCAGGAUAUUCAAGACAGAAAUAACAAAGUGA